GACACCACCGCUAAUACAUCGCGGGUUCCUUGCUGACGGGCCCGACACCAAAAGCUAGCUGAGUGUGACGUGGUAGAUGGAGCAUGGGUUCCUGUUUCGGGUUGAGUGGCCGUGCGCGGGUCGGGUUGCUAUGGGGAAGCGACGAUCGAACUUUGUAAACACGACUCGAAACGUCACACCGAACCAGAACUGAUCAGUCAGCUUUGCCUCUCGCUGCCGACUAUUACGGGGUGCUGGCGACUCCAGACACAUUCUCCGCCAUCACUAUCGCCCUUCGCUUGCGUGUCCUCGACGCCGCAUAUCGCUAUCGCUCCGCCAGUCGCUCCCAAACAAUCGCAUGUCGUAGGAGGAAGCCGCGCGCUGGAUGAGUUGCAGGCCGACGAGCAUCCCAUCGAGUAAUUGAGUACCGGAACCUUUCAGCCAUGGCAGCAGGGCAGGCGCUUCCCACGCGGUUUCCGUGCUGGUGCAAGGCGGUGUACUCGUGGGGCGGAGAGACUAAGCGCGAUCUUGGAUUCAUAGAAGGCGACCUGAUCGAGGUGCUGAACGCGGGCGAUGGCGCCUGGUGGAUGGGCCGGCUGAAGCGCGACAGGCGAAUGGUCGGCCUGUUCCCGUCCAAUUUCGUCGAGCUGCUCAGCGAGAACUUCCAGCCAUGGAACACGAUGGCGGCAGCCGGGAACGUGUCGCGGCAGAACAGCGCCGUGGAGCCAGUCAAGCAGACGCCGCAGAAGGCGAAGAGCACCUUCAGGAAGCCCUUCACUGCCUAUGCCGGUGCCAGCGCCCCGAACCCAGCAGCAGCGGCGCGCGAGAGGCUGAAGGCAGGCGGGUCGGCGUCGCCCCAUGGCGCCGGCAAGAAGACACCCUACUCAUCGAUGAAGCACCAGUCGUCUGUGGACAGCCGCGACUCACACUCACCCGCGCCGUCGCGAGGGAACUCGCAUCUGCACGUCGUACCGCCCCGACCGACAACGAAGAGACCCGCCACGUCGCCAGCUCCACCGCCGGGUCGCAACUAUCACACACGCACGCGUUCUGACAUGCCACAGUCGCGCAGCCAGCACCUGGGCCGAGCAGUCUCGCCAGCACCGCCGUCCCGAUACGCGACCCAAAGCUCGUACACACGCGCACGCUCGCCUGCCCCUCCAACGCAACAACAGUACCAGCCAGAACCAGACCAGUACAGAGCGUACUCGCCAAUACCCCCAUCCCGACACGGCUCGCAUACUUCGUACGCCUCGUACAAUCGUGCGCCUUCUCCUGCGCCUCCACCACAGCCCCAGGAGCAGUACAGGGCAUACUCUCCACUACCGCCAUCGAGACACGGCUCGCACGCCUCUUACGCCUCGUACAAUCGUGCACCCUCGCCGGCGCCCCCGCCGAGCCAUCAAUAUCACUCGAGAGCAGUCUCGCCAGCACCGCCUCCAACGCAUUACGAAGAUCAGUUCAGGGCCGUCUCUCCAGCGCCCCCGUCCAACUACGACCUCUAUUCGCGCGCACUUUCUCCCGCGCCACCCAUUCAACGAACCCAUUCACGCGCCGUGUCUCCUGCUCCAUCCUUCCAGCACGCCCACUCCCGAGCCGUGUCGCCUGCUCCUUCGUUCCAGGAGGACCCGCGAGCAGUAUCACCCGCCCCGUCCCAGUACCGCGCAUAUGACAAGGGACCAUCGCCAUCCCCAUAUCAACGAUCGCUGUAUAGCCGAAGUCCCUCCCCUGAGAUCGAGCUCGAGGAAGCCGCCGACUCGCCCCCUCCACCGCCGCCGCCUCCGCAUCGUGUUGUGUACAAUACCAGCAGAGGCCCAUCUCCCGCUCCCCCGCCCCACACGCCCGAACCCCCUUCGCCAGACCCAAGAGCUCGUCGGGGGCAUUUCACGCCAUCGCCUCUUACGAGCGCGAUGAACGAUGUCAUGUCAUCUCUGCAGGACAUGGCAUCGCCAGAUGAAGCUCCCCCGGCUUCCAAUCCUUGGUCUCCAGACGCUUUUGAUCAAGUGCACCAAGCAUCGGCAAACUUGAGCAGAGCACAGAAAGCCGGCAGUCGGAUUGGAAGCGCUGAAGAAGACGACGAUGCAGCCCAGGAUAGCGCGGAUGGGCCCCCAGAUGCCGACAACUAUGUCAAGCGUAUGGAGAGUCGUCUGCGAAGAAUGCAUCAACUGGAGAAGUCUAAGGCAGAUGACUUACAUAUGCCUCCACCAGUACCUCAAAAGGACUCAGCGCAAAGACCAGGAUCUUCGAGAGCUGAACCAGAAACUUAUGUUGAGCGUAAAGGAUCCAGAUUGAUCCAUCGCAAGUCUACGUACGAUGUUGGACGCAACGCGCUUGGCAGGACGUUCACGAGCAAGACCAGCUCGACCACCACGACGGAUACCAGUGCCAGCACCAACCGCAGUCUCAUGUCUGGGCACUCCGCGACAAACAUGAGUGCCACUAGUGCCGGCAGCUACUAUCGCAAGAAAUUUGGAGCGAACCGCCCCAAGACCAUGAUGGAGACAACGACUGGAAAAGGCUAUGGCUUCGAUGAUGGCCGACCCGAAACGCCAUUUACAGGCGUCACGUACCACUCAAGCCACGAUUCGCACUCUGGCUCUAGUCACCAAGAGCAACCAGUUGAAUACGACACACCAAAGACUGCGCCGGCCACAGACGGUCCAGAUCCGCUUGGAGGCCUCACGCAACCCAAACCAAAGAGAAGCGGCUUUUUCCGAAAGAUGAUCGAUACAGCCAAGACCCAGGCCGCAAAUGCACGUACGACCAUUGCUACAAACCGGCCCGGAUCACGGGCAGCCAGCCGCGCUGUUAGUCGGGCGGCAGGCCGGGCGGCCAGUCGCCUCGAUAAUACUAGUCCAACUGGUACCGCAGGAGGUUCGUCGGUACCGCCGUCCACUUCAACGAAGGAAACAGGGUUGGGAUCUGUGGACUGGGUGCAGGUACGCAGGGACGUGAACAGGUCUAAUUCCUUGAGUCGUAACGAGCGAGCUGAGAGACUGGAACGAUGCCAAAUGAUGGACUUGCCAGUGUUCAACCCAAUCGACAUCCUAUACGAGUCGGCUGAAGGUGACGAGGGACUCGACGGCCUGCCUAUCGCUGAACCGACCAACUUUGCAGCAUGCGCCUUAACACAUGUCGACAAGGCUACUCGGUUCAUCAAUAAUGUCCCGCUUGGGACGUCCCCGGCUGCAUUUGCUCAAGGAUACAUCUGUCGACCAUACAGGAGCGAUGUGCAACGGUUGAGGGCAAUCUUCACUUGGGUCAGCGAGCGCAUAUCCUGGGAAGAAGAUUUCGAGGGAGAGAUGGACACCCGGCAUGUCAUGCAGAGCAAACGCGGCUGCUCUCAAGAGAUCGCAAUGGUGGUCGCAGAGAUGUGUGCAUCUGUUGGGCUUCACGCUGAAGUGGUACGUGGGUAUUUGAAGACCCCCGGUGAGGUUCUAGACCUGGAGAGUAUCGCUCGCCCAAAUCACUUCUGGAACGCUGUCAUCGUUGAUGGCGAAUGGCGCCUGAUGGACUGCUCACUUUCCGGACCCACACAUCCCAAGCGUGUGCAUUAUUCGACUACUGGUUCGCAAGUCGCCGAGAGUUGGUAUUUCCUCGCCCGCCCGCUGGAAAUUUGCUUCUCCCACGUCCCACUCCUCCCUGAACAGCAGCAUAUCUGCCCACCACAACCACACGAUAUCCUCGUGGCUCUCCCAUGCGCGACUCCCGCCUACUUCAGACAUGGCCUCCAAAUUGCCGAAUUUGACACUAGUCUCCUGAACCUUGAUAACCUCGAGAUGGCGCACAUUUACGUCAACGUUCCGGAAGAUGUCGAAUGUGUUGCUGAGAUCGAAGCAAGAACAAUCUCUCAAGACGCUGACGGUGAUUACUUUGAGAGCGGUGAGCUCGUACGGAAGCCGGCUCUCGCUCAGCCAGAGUGGCAUGGAGGUCAGAAGCGGUACACUGUAAAGGGGCUUGUGCCAGGUGAUGAAGGUCAUGGUGUCCUGAAAAUCUAUGCUGGACCGCGCGGGCUCAUGCACUCAAACAAACUCAACCCUCAUGCCUUGGCCGUUUCCCUGCCCCUGACGCACACUGGCAGCAACCCUCCACACUCAUUCCUGACGCUCCACCCAACGCCCCAUGCUCAGCGUCACGAUCUGUAUGUUGCACAGCCACAGUGUGCUAACCUCGCUCUGAACAACACCUUCGUCUUCUGUGUCCGCCAACACCCUUCAUCUCUCACGCAGUCCCCAGAAACGAGCGCAGCGAUCGGCGGUCGCGCCUCGCCCAAUCCCUUUGCUCGCCCAACUUCGGCCAUGAGUAUGCAAAGCAUCUCGGCAACGGGAUCAAACUACACAAACCCAUCCCAGAGCUCUGCUGGAUCAGCCGGUAGCGGUGGUAUGAAGCCAGCCAAGUUGGCAAUCCAAACGCCAUCUGGCAAGAUUAUCCGCUUGACGAGGAAGAUGGAGCAUAUCAGCAGUACUAGUGAUGCUGAUGGCACCGCUUGGGAAACUGUCAUCAAGAUUGGGGAGAGAGGAACGUGGCGGGGACUCGUACUUGCGGAUCGGAGCGCGAGGUGGUGCGUGUUUGCGCAGUGGGAUUGUGCGUAAAACGUCCUUGGAUAGCAGUACUGUUGCCGUGUUGGAUAUACAAGCUGGAGAAGCUAUCCUGAAAAGCUGUCACUUUUUUUUGGUAGAGACCUUGAAUGAUCUGUCGUAAUAUUUUACUUGCGACUUG